AUGCCCGCCAGCCACACAUCCUCUCAGCAUAACCAUGCUGGAAGCUCCCAGAGACUGACGUCUGGCGGCAGCAGCAGCAAGGCUGCUGAGAAGCAUCCCUCCGACGGAAAAUCCUCCCGAGAAUGGCGUCUCGCAAGAUUCGAGAAGGACAACGAAGAUAAUCUAUUUCCCCGCCUCCACGAUGCCCAACCCACCUCUCAGAAUCCCAAAGAAAAGUUUGGUCCAUGCUUCGCGCAACUCCCGUGA